AGACGCUGAAAAUACCAUAUCACGUGGUCGUGUAUUUAUAGAUUCAAACAUCCCCGGCAAGCAAAAUCAAGUGAUCAUUAAUUCUUAUCCGUUUAUUAAAAUACCAUUUCCACCGACUAUUGAUCCUCGAGAUUUAAUUACCAAGAAAGAUGAUACAUUAUCUCGAGCUCCAAAUGCUUUUAUAAUAUAUCGCAAGGCAUUUGUUGAAGCUUCCCGAGCAAAUGUCUGUUCUCGGUCCUGGGAAUCUGAACCUGAAAAUGUUCGUAAAGAAUAUAAGAGAAUAGCAAAAGAAGCGGUUAUACGUCGUAAAAAAAGAGAAAAAUGGAACGUUGUUUCUUUUAAUAAUUCUUCAAUACCUUCCCACUCUCUGUCUGAAAAUGUAACGUCUGAUUUGCCAAAUGCUGAAAAUGUUUCUCCGUUAUCUCAUCUCAAAGAAAGCUCAGAUACUCCUACGAAAGUUGAAAAUAAAAUUACUCAAGAAAUAAUCUCAUCUUCAAAAUCACCUGCUACAUCUUGA